AGUAAUCCAAAACGGCAAAAUGAAGUCGAAGCACACAAGCUAUUGGAUCGUUAUAUUGAACUCGGAGGUAAUUUUCUUGAUACUGCUGAUGUGUAUGGUGCCGGUAUUUCACAAAAGAUCAUUGGGAACUGGCUGAAGACAGCUAGUUAUGCACAUCUUCGGCAAAUAGGCCACAUUAGGCAGUACAUCCCAGCUGAUGCCACUAAGUCUCUUGUGAACUAUCUGGUUACAUCGAAAGUAGACUACUGUAACUCGCUGCUGUGUGGAAUUUCCAAAGACACACUGCAAAAACUUUAAUGUGUACAAAACACAGUGGCCCGCAUCAUAACCAAGACUCCACGAUGCGAUCACAUCACGCCGGUCUUAAAGGAGUUGCAUUGGCUUCCUGUUCAGCACCGCAUUGAGUUCAAAAUCUUGACACUUACAUACAAAGCCAUGCACAAUGAAUUUUCGAAGUACAUUGUCGAUAUGCUGGACAUGUACAAUCUUCGUAGAGACUUAAGGUCGGCAAAUGGUCCGGUGUCUUUGGUUGUACCGAGGAGUCGAACAGUAAAGUAUGGUGACAGAAGUUUCAAACCUGCAGCUCCAAAGCUUUGGAAUGCCCUCCCAGCAAGCAUCAGAGAAUCAAGGAAAAGACGAAGUGAUAUCAUUAUAUCGAGCAAGGUUUGGUUCCCUAUGGACUGGAACACCAAGAACAAUAUUGGUUUGAGUAGGCGCCAUAUCAUAAACACUUGUGACGAAACCUUAGAAAGGCUUCAGACGAAUUAUAUUGAUCUUUUUCAGGCGCACAUUUGGGACAAUGCUACUCCAAUAGAGGAUACUUUACGAACGUUUGAUGAUCUCGUUAGAUGUGGGAAAAUACGUUACUACGGGUUUUCUAACAUCUGUGGUUGGCAGUUGCAGAAAAUUGUUGAUUUGUCGAGACAUUUAAAUUUACAUCCAUGUAUAAGCCUACAGCAACAAUAUAGUUUGUUAUCUCGGGAGUCGGAAGUGGAAGCAUUUAUGGUAUGUGAAAAUGAGAGAAUAUGCGUCCUGCCUUGGAGUCCAUUAAAAGGAGGUUUGCUAACUGGAAAGUUUAAAAGAAAUAAUAUACCCGAUGCAACCGGCAGUCGAGUGGGUCACAUGAUUGCCAGGAAAGCUAGUGGUGAAAGUGUGAGCAGUGACUGGGAAAAAUUUUGUGAUGACGAACAAUAUUGGAAUCUUAUUGCUUUGAUGGAGAAAUUUGCAAAAGCUAAAGGGAAAACUGUCGCACAAGUAGCAAUAAGAUGGUUGCUACAAAAAGAUAUCGUUGCCUCUGUAAUAAUCGGUUGCUCAUCUAUACAACAAUUAGAAGAUAACAUGGGCGCAUCCUCGGGAUGGAAACUCUCUGAAGAAGAGAUGCAAGAGCUGGAUAAAGCUAGCAGGACACCAUAUUCAUACCCAUACAAUAUGCUCUUGGGAACCUUUUCUACGUCACGUAUGAACAGAUUCAAUUCAUCGCAAAAGUAAAACCUGAGUUUUGGAGAGAAAAAAACUGCACAUUGUAACAAUCUGUUCUUCAGAAAAUAAAUUUUGAAAUAUCAUUUUCAUCAAAGCGGAAUAUGUCCUCUUCGGCUGCAAUACAUCGAAAUAGUUCAGUAAGACAAAAUCUAAGAUAACAAAUAAACUAUAUAUAAAUACUAUUGGUAACAAUGUCAUGCCAUGCCAUGCUCAAAUACUUUCAAUAUCAUAAGGCAUCGUUUCUAACAUCUCAAAGACAUCUUUCUCUGAGGAGUUUAGAUAUCCGAAUUUUAAUCUUUUGCACCUCACCGCUUUGAAUUCCAUCCUCAUCAGGAUUCUAAUUCUUCAUGUCAGAAAGGCAUUAAGAUGGUUCGCUGAAGAUUCACCAAUUAUUUCAAAACUAAUAGUUAUUACUACUUUUAUAAUUAUUUAUAACACAAUAAUAAUUACAUGUAUAACACUUCACAUAACGAAAGAUAGGUAUUAAAGGCAAAGAAAAUCUCCUAUAUAAGUGACCCCCCGCCCCUUCCACGACCCCCCCCCCCCCGACCCCCUUAAAAGCCAGACACUUUAAUCCCCAAUGAACAGGAUCCUGUCUGGUCCAGUCUGAUAAGGGUCCAUAAAACACCUGUAGACUUGACAUGUAGUCCAUCCCAGAGGAUAAUAAAUUUUAUUGAUAUGUAAGAAUAAUUGGUUAUUUCCAAUGCUAUACAUUUCACUGACUGAAAUGCAGCUUUUUUUCAGAUUAUAUACAAAAUUAUUUUAAUUGAUAAUAUACUAAUUGUAAUUGCUCAUUCUUGUUGAGUAAUGUCCUGACAAAUUAGAUUAUAAUGCUUACAUCAAGACAAUUCUCACGAUUUUAGAAAACUCUCACCUUUAUUUAAUGAAAAAUGAAAUAAUUGUUUAAAACUCAAUAAGAGAAAUGACAAGCAUUUUUUCAAUUAUUAAUUAAUUAUGAUAUUUUUUAUCUAAGUAACAAAAUAAAAACGAAAAAAAUUGAAUAUUGCUGGAUUCUAUUAGAAAUUCAAGAAGCGCUCAGUUGCAUUUUCAAUAAAUGAAACAAAUAUGGACCUUCAUGAUAAAAUCCUGCAAUAAACAGAUAUUAUAGUUCACGAUUUAUUUACAGAUGAAUUAUUCACUAUUUUUAAAAAAGUGCCUGAAUGCAUUUUUUUUUUCUUUAUUUAUUUUUUAUAAAAAUCAAGCAAUAAUGAGAUAUAAUUGUUUAUAAAGCUUGAUUAAUUGAAAAAUAAAUAUGCUGUUGUAUUUUAUCACUUUGUUUGUUAAGUCCAAAUUUAAUCAGGCUUUCUAAACUCGUUAUAAAAGUGAAAACUGGUUUGCUAUAGAGGUGAAAAAUAUCACAUGCAAUCUUAGCACUGCACAGUAGCUAUACAAUAGCUUAAUAUGAUAAACAGAAGCAAGUCUAUCAAUCGUCCAGUCUUCUUUAUUGGCUCUUACUGCCAAUACGCAGACCAUAGGCCACAUACCUUGACCAAGAUAAAUAACAGACAUACGUGCAUAGUAUAUAGAGGAUAAUUGUUGGUUUCGGUGUAAUAUCACGUUAUAAUUUCACCGAGUGGGCACCAAAAGUGAUAUUUUCACGAGUGGCGCAGCCACGAGUGAAAGUAACAACUUUUGGUGUUCACGAGUGAAAUUACCGUGAUAUCACAUCGAUACCAACAAUUUUUCUGUUUAUUUUAUGUCUAAAACUCUACUUUUGUAGUGUUUAUUUCAAUAAAAUGUCGAAAUUUGCGGGAAAUUUUAU